AUUUCUACUAAUUAGCAAUUUUUAAUUUAUCGAUUAAUUUAAAUUGUAUUCUGAGUAGGUACAGUGCUGCAUCACUCAUCAGAGUUCUCUAAAGAAUGGCGUCUAUACUAAUCUUGACACUGGUUUGUUUCCUGGCAGCAAAUAUGAAUGCUAAAACAUAUUUGGUUAGAACUUCAGGGUUCAAGAAAUUUGACAAACAUGUCCCUGAGGUGUCUGAUAAAGAUAAAGUGAAAGGAUCAGAUUAUGGAUAUGAACCUGGAUAUGCUUCUGAAGCAACUGAGCCAAUUGGAUAUGCUUCUGAAGCAACUACCCAGCCAAUUGGUUAUGCUUCUGAAGCAACUACCGAGCCAAUUGGAUAUGCUUCUGAAGCAACUACUGAGCCAAUUGGUUAUGCUUCUGAAGCAACUACUGAGCCAAUUGGUUAUGCUUCUGAAGCAACUACUGAGCCAAUUGGUUAUGCUUCUGAAGCAACUACUGAGCCAAUUGGUUAUGCUUCUGAAGCAACUACUGAGCCAAUUGGUUAUGCUUCUGAAGCAACUACUGAGCCAAUUGGUUAUGCUUCUGAAGCAACUACCGAGCCAUUUGGAUAUGCUUCUGAAGUAACUACUGAUCCAAUUGGAUAUGCUUCUGAAGCAACUACCAAGCCAAUUGGAUAUGCUUCUGAAGCAACUACUGAGCCAAUUGGUUAUGCUUCUGAAGCAACUACCGAGCCAAUUGGAUAUGCCUCUGAAGCAACUACCGAGCCAAUUGGAUAUGCUUCUGAAGCAACUACCCAGCCAAUUGGUUAUGCUUCUGAAGCAACUACUGAGCCAAUUGGUUAUGCUUCUGAAGCAACUACGGAGCCAAUUGGAUAUGCCUCUGAAGCAACUCACUCAUCUCUAACUUCAAAACCAAUCAGAAGGCGUAAGGCCAGUCCUUUCCUUUAAUUGUUAGCUCCGGAAAUUAUGUCAGUUUUUUAGUUUUUGAAUGAGAAAACCAAACAUUUUUUUAUAAAUAUAUUGAAAAAACAC